AUGACGCGCCGGAACAGCCUGGCGCUGCACCUCACCGCGCUCGCCGCCCUCUCCUCCGUCGCGCAGCUGCCCGUCCUCGUCGGGGCCGAGGACCUCGACGCGGAGGACGUGCCGCCCGAGUGCGUGGCGGUCUGCGCGCCGAUCGUGGCGCUCACGGCGCGGUGCGAGGCGCAGACGGAGCAGCGGUUCGGGGACGUUGACAAACGGUUUUUUCACGACGAUGGGAUGGAGGCACGGCGAAGACACGUUUUAUCGCCUGAGAGGAUCAGGAGGAGAAGGCAAAGACUGGAGGAAAGGAUGCGGAGGCGGCAGGUGCAGUCGGACAGCGACUCGGACUCGAGCGCCGACGAGGCGCCGCCGCAGGUUGUGGCGGCGGCGGAGCGGGAGGAGAAGGAGUGCGUGUGUCAGGACACGUCGUUUGAUGUGUUUGGGGCGAUGAAUGGGUGUGCGGGAUGUAUUGCGGCGAAUGUGACGGCUGUAGAGGCGAAUGAAGAGGCUGACUUGAGAGGCAGAUAUCAGGGAGAUCAUGGCCGACUGCGGGUUUGCUCCUCCACCCCCUCCAGCCUCUUCCUCGGUGUUGACGACGACUACUUCGACGACAUCACCGCCACCGGCAAUUCUCACGGACCCUCCGGCCGCGAAUCCGGCCCAAGGCGGAUUCUCGACGUUAGUCCCUCCGGCAUUAGCGCCCGCGGGACCGUCUACCUCCUCAACUUCAUCAACAUCCUCAACGGCGCCCCCGCCACCACCACCGCAAGAUGCCCCGACCUCAACGCAACCGCCGCCUGCUGCCGCGACGACGCCGGAGCCAGAGGUGACGCCGACGGUGGAGAGCUCAAUCACGCCCGUGACGGUGUUCGAGACGCCUUCAUUCAGGACGUUGCCCAGUCUCGUGCUGCCCAACGACUUUGCGGCGGCCAGGGGCGGCGAUCGGACGGGAAACGGCGCGGCGACGCUGGGGAGGCACUGGGUUGA